ACGAAGUGUCCCUUCUUUUCGCGCACCGUGCCCGCCCCCAACCUUUUCUCCGUGCCCCUCAUCGCGGACUUCCCUGCCAACUACACGUGAACCGGUGCACUAGUCAAACGCGUCUCUGCGUGGUUGCACCAAAACCUUUUAACCAUCACGUCCCCCUCCGUAAGCAUCUUACAACCGCAAUCAUGGCUUCGAACCCCCCAGCUGUCUGUGGCCUCUGUCACGAGAACCCCUCAAAAUACAAAUGUCCUACCUGCCUAACACCAUAUUGCUCACUCGUCUGCUACAAACCCCACAAACUCACACAUACGCUCGAACCCCCCGCCGCACCACCACCGCCACCACCUCCAGUGUCCGAAGAGACUCAGCCCGCAGCCAUCACGCUGCAACACAAAUUCGCACCACUCCUCGAUUCCCCCGAGAUCGUGCAUAUGCUCAGCUCCAAAACGUUGCAGUCGCAUCUGAUGGGAAUAUACAAUGCCGCUCAACGGCCAAGUGAUGAGGAGAUGGAGCGGCGACAGCAGAAUGCUUCGCGCGGGAGUCGUGGACGUGGCAGGGGCAGGGGCAGGGGAAGAGGCGACGGUGAUGCGGGGAGAGUUACGUGGACGCAGGAGAAAGGAGAUAAAGCCGCGCUGGCGAGGCUGAAGAAACUGAGGGAUGGGGGGUACGAGGAGAAUACGGAGGUUGAAGGGUUUGUGAAGGCUGUUGUUGGGGCUACAGAGGGUGAGAGAAAUGAAUAAUGAGGGUGGGACAGGCGUUAUGGACGUUUCGUCCGUAUUCGAUUACUUAUACAAGGGCUACUGGUGGUGAUUUACGGCUAUCUUACGGGAGAUAUCACUGAGAGUUUGGUUUAUACGCCGUGUACGGCUGUGGAUGUACCGCUUGCAUGUAUUUGGGCCGAACGGACUUGCAAGCGACAGAAAUUGGCACCUAUCAGUAACUGAAACAGUUUCAGGCGCUCGUCUUAGCUUCCAUUUAAACAAAUCAAAUACUAGGUCUACUCAG